AUGGCCGCCCGCAAGCGACCUGCCGCCGGCCACGCAACGACGGCCCAAGGAUCGGCGACCCAAGGACGCAAGAGGAGCCGCACCGACGAGUACGACGACGUGGCCUGCCUCGGCGAGGGCGGCUUCGGCGCCGUUGUCAUGGCGCGCAACCGCGCCACCGGCAAGACCGUCGCCAUCAAGCGCCUCUCCACGCCGUCCGCGACCAGCGUCGCCGACCUCCAGCGCGAGGCCGGGUUCCUCAGGGCCUGCAGCGGGAACCCCUACGUGGUCGGCUUCGAGGCACUGGUGGUGCACCCGGCCACCGGCCGCCUCUCCCUCGUCAUGGAGCACGUCGCCGGGCCGAACCUCCACUAUUUCCUGUGGAACAGGCGCCACGGCCAGCCGAUGCCGGAGUCGACGGUGCGCGCCUUCAUGUGGAAGCUGCUCACCGGGGUCAAGAUGAUGCACGCCCGCCACGUCGUCCACCGCGACAUCAAGCCGGCCAACAUCCUCGUCGGCCAAGACGGGGAGCUCGUCAAGAUCUGCGACCUCGGGCUCGCGGUUUCCAUGGUCGAGCCUCCGCCCUACACCCAGGCCGGCACCCCGUUCUACACGGCGCCAGAGAUGCUGCUGCAGAAGCCGGACUACGACACGCUCGUGGACACCUGGUCGCUCGGCUGCGUCAUGGCCGAGAUGCUCGCCGGCGGCAAGGCGUUGUUCCCUCGCGGAGAAGAUGACUACGUAGACGAGAUAUCGCAGCUCUGGAACAUAAUCCGAGUGCUCGGCAUGCCAGACGAGAGAACGUGGCCGGGGUUCGACUCUCUGCCGCUCGCCAUGGCGCUGCAACUGCUACCGCUACCGGCGGGGCACGAGCACAACAGGCUGCGGGAUCUGUUCCCCGAAGAGAAGCUGUCACACGAAGGAUUCCAGGUGCUGCAAGGCCUUCUCACGUGCAACCCCGACAAGCGACUCACGGCGGCCAAGGCGCUCAAACACCCAUGGUUCGCUGCUCCUCGUCCUGCUGCCGCCGCCGCCGCGUUGCCCAGAAAGAAGGCGACUCCCCUCAGUUUAAUCCCACCGGCGGCACCAGAGAAGAACGUACUCAAGAAUCCAGUGGCGAUGUGGAACGCACAACGAGUGUAG